AAUAAGAAAAACAUUUUUAAAGGCUCUUUUUCAUAAGUACUUUGAACUGAAAAGGUAAGUAAAUUUCUACAUAAGUACAUCUUAUCUUAUCUUUCCAUCACUGACUAAAGCCCAAGUCAGUACAAUUUAAAACAGUCACAAGUCUGUGCAGAAACUUGUGUCUACAUCGAACUACAUUACCCACAAUGCUCAAUGCCCCAAGGUUUAAUAAUCGAGUGUGGAUUAAUUUUACCGCUCUGCUCCUCGCCCACUCUGUUCAGUUUUCUCUCCCAGCAGCAGUCGCAUAGCAUCCUGCCGACCAGCUCCAGCGCUACCGUUAGCUAGCUAAUAAGGGAGUAGCGGGAGGAAAAACACUUUAAUACCUCAGCAUCAUGUCAUUUUGCUGACUAUUUCGUUUAGGAAAAAUGAAUUUGCGAUUUUUCCGUGUUAACGCGCCUCCUGGAAGAUAUUAUUUCCCCUUUAAAGUCCGCUUUUUCACCUCGACCUCGGUAGCUUUUUAGCAAGUCAGUGACAAGACGAGCAGCUGUCAUCUGGACAAAGCCAGUCAGAUGUUGGACGGUACAAAAAAAUACCCUCCUCAAGCUUUUCUACACCGGGUUGUGAAAUUGAAAUAUCGAGCUGAUCAUCUGUCGUGAAAGUGCCAGGGAUCAGGGUAAGGGAGUGAGGUCUAUUUUGGGAAGGGCGAGAGUUUGUAUCUCGGGAGGAAGGAGUAGGGGGUGUGCGGAGGAGGAAGACCCGCAGAGAGGAAGGGACGUCAGGGGAGAAAACAGCCUGAUGCCAGUGAUGGCCAACGAGCCGAUCAUCCUCAACGUCUAUGAUAUGUACUGGAUCAAUGAGUUUACCACCACUCUGGGCAUCGGAGUCUUUCACUCAGGGAUUGAGAUCUAUGGAAGAGAGUUUGCCUAUGGCGGACACCCGUACCCGUUCUCAGGGAUCUUUGAGAUUACACCAGGUGACGCAACAGAACUCGGCGAGACCUUUAAAUUCAAAGAAGCCAUAGUGUUGGGCAGCACCGACUUCACAGAGGAGGAUGUGGAGCGUAUCGUGGAGGAGAUGGGUAAGGAGUACAAAGGAAACGCCUACCACCUCAUGCACAAGAACUGCAAUCACUUCUCCUCGGCACUGUCGGAGAUCCUGUGUGGCAGGGAGGUCCCUCGCUGGGUGAACCGGCUGGCCUACUUCAGCUCCUGCGUGCCCUUCCUGCAGAGCUGCCUGCCCAAAGAGUGGCUGACCCCGGCCGCGCUGCAGUCCAGCGUCAGCCAGGAGCUGCACGAGGGGGGGGGGGGCGAGCUGGAGGAGGCCGAGGACGCCGCUGCCUCCGCCUCCCUGGCCUCCAUGUCUCCCUGCUCCCCUUCCUCCUCCUCCAGCCCCUCCUCGCUGCCUCGCCACUCCCGCCACCAGCCGCGCCGAUAAAAAGCUGCAAGGUCUGCUGGGAGACUGGACUUGAACAGAGACUUCCAGGUGACAGAAUACCUGAUGAGCCCUCGAGCAAGGCAGUGAAAUAAGGCCUUGGUGAGAAAAUCAGCUGAAUCUCGAUGUUGAUACAGAGCAGCAGCAGGAGGAACUGGUGCUGCGGAUAAAAGAAGGAUCAUCCCUCCGAAGGACGUCGCUGUGGGAUAUCCCUCUGGUCUCUUUCAUUUUUUUUACCAGACAUCUUGAAGUGCAGAAGGCAGGUUGUUUAGCCAUUAAAGUGUUUGAAUGUUUACCAACCACACUCAGAUUCUACCAGCAGUUAGUUGGUGGAUGGUGCUAAUCCCUGUCUUGUUUAAGUGGAAACCAGUGACAGAGGAUGCUGAAAAAGGAGUGUAAGUUUGGGUCAGGAUUGAAUUUUAACAACCUGAUUUGUUUUGAGUAAUCUUAGCUGAUAUUUCCAAUUUCACAAUCCAAAAAUAACCUGGGAUGUAAUACAAUGACAUGUUAAAGAAAUAAUGAUUAUCAUAGAUUUUUCACAGUUUAUUUCCUCUUUUUUAACUUAUCAAGUAUUGUAUGGACUUACCUAUUCAGGCUAUGAGGUUCCUUACAAAAACACACUUAUAUGGUGCUAUUUAGGAUCUUUGUAUAUCAAAUCCAUCUCUUUUAAAAAAAAUUAAAGCACUGAGGUUUUGGUCUCAACACUUGGUGCUGGUCCUUUCAUUUUGUCACACCGAAUCGUGAUGCUAUCUGAAGACAAAGAGACAUUUAAAAAAAAAAUACCUCUAGCUAAAUGCUGGUAUACUUUGUGGCUGGUAAAUGUUGACACUUCAGACAGCUUUUGUUAAGAUGUCCUUCAAAUGUUUAAAGCAGCAGGUGGAGUUUAUACAAUUUGCCUCAACAUGCUGUGUGUGAAUCAGGACCUGAACCUUUUCUUAUGUUCCUCUCACAGCAGUCUGGAUAGACUUACCUACAAUCAGUGUCACUUUCAACAAACACAACAUAGACACAAAGAAACUGAUCCACAACCUGUGUCUUAAAUCAUGGGUUCAUUUCCUGGUAUUUUUGGCUUCCCACAUCCCUGUUCUUGUUCCUUUUUUUGUGUCAAAUCUGUAUCGGCAGAUGUCAGGAAUCUGUAGCAGCUCAUAAAAUCCUUCCUGCCUAUCAAGGGAUAACCUGACGUGAUUUGAAAAAUCCAUUAAAGCAGAUAUUUUAAAUAGAAAUUGUAAUAGUUAUGUCAAAUUAACCAUCUUUAUUUACCAAUAAAACACUGUUAAAAAUAAAAUACAUACUAAGUUGCAGGGCAGGCAGGAACUUAGAGAAAACGCUUGUAAACAGAAAGUUCUGGGGUUAAAUACUGAAGUGAAAAAAAAUGUUUUCUGAGUAGCAACUGCCAAGGUGCCUUUGAGCAAGGUACUCAACCCAAAAGGGUUUCAGUGACCAACAGUAGAAGACUGUGGUUGUACUGGACUGCUCCCAGUGUGCAAGUGUGUUCAUCUGUUCAAGUUGCAAAAUGUUUGGUCUUUACCGGAAUGAUUCAAGGUUCAAGUUUACAUUAGAGACUCAAUGUCAUAAUGUACGUAAAUGUGUGAAGACGACAUGACGAUAUGAAGCGGAGGAAUUUAAGGAAGUGUGUGUCUUAAAUGGGAAACGAAACCUUCUGACCCUCCAUCAGCCUGCACUCCUGAAAUUUUUCUCACAUCGGUGUUUGGUUAGGGCCGAUGCACAUUACCAAAACAUUAAAGGUUUUAUUUCAAGCACUUUUACUUUCAUUUUAUAUGUGAAAAAAACCAACGGAAAUCAACAUAUUCUAUCAUUUACUCAGACAAUUCAUUGUACCUCUCAAUCACUUGAAAACUAUUUUACACGUAACAACAAAACAUCCUGCAUUUUGUGUGUCAUCCCAAACAAGAGCAAUGGACACUGUUUUCACCUUCUUUUUUUAGUGAGGACUGAACUACAAGCUGGAAAACUGUCAUAUAUAUAUUUUGUUGUUUGUUUAAAAAUCCUUUAAUGUAUUUCUAUGACCUAUGGACUCUGGCCUUUUUGUCUGUUUUGUUUAUGUUUGAUAAACUCAGGACUCCAAAAGGCUUUGUAAUAUAAAACUUACAUUUUUUUAUCCCACAUUUUGUUUGCAUUGUUGAUUGCUUUUUCUAAUGCAGUAGUCACUCCAUAGAGCUUUUCAAGAUCGCACUGUGGCAGUGCAUUUUUAUACUCCUCUCUUUGAUAAAAAAGGAGCUUUUGUUUACAGCCUGGAUGUCUGGAUGUGAGCCUGUGCUGCUCGCUAUGUUCCUGUAUGUGCAUGAAUGUGUGAGUGUGUGGGCACACUUGUAUUAUAAAUGGUUAGUAUCAACAAGCUGCCAACUGGGCCAAUUUCCCUUCAUCAAACACAAACACACACACACACACACUUGAUUCUUUACAAACGUAGCAGUAUUUCAGAGGUUUUGUUUCAAAGAUAUUGCCACAUCCUCAAAACAUUUGAUAUAUUUUUAAUCAAGUGAACUUGUUUGUCUUUAAUCUGGAUUGAGUAGCCUAUAUUGUCAGAUUAUUCAGCAGAUUUUAACUACUGGUUCAAAGAUAAUUUCCUACACUUUAUAGAAAGCAAAGUCAGUGACAUUUGUUAUAACACCAGCAUAUUUAUGAUUUGGAGGAUUUAACUUUUGUGAAUUAUGAACUCGAUUUUAAUUGUUUACGUUUUAGUAAAUUUGAAUCACACACACACUGCCCAUGUCGGCGCCCUCUGCUGACUGUUAACUGUACUGUUACCUGUCUGCGGUUCUCCACACACUUAGGUUUCCCUGAACAUUCAGUUUCAGAUUAUUUCUGUAUGUUGACAAAUAAAAAGACAUGUCUCCAUACACCAACUAUCCACCAGCUGCCAAAUUGCUGAGGUUGAAAAUGGUGACUUUAUGUUCACAUUUCAACAUUUAAAGUUACACAAAUCACCAUAACUGAGGCCAAAGAUAGCUAUAAAUGCACAGCUCUUCUUUGAUAACAGCCAUUGAAUUGUCAUCAUUAAACCUCCAGAGCUACUUUGGUUAUUUAAAUAUUAUAGCAAUCGUGUUAUCAAAUGGUUAUUUGUGUGGCUUUUGCUAUUCAUUAUACAUUUGUGAGCCAUGAAUGUAAGUUGGGAAACCUCAGUUAUUCAUACCCCAGAAAAACUUGACUUUUGCUGUUUCACAGUAAACUUUCACAAAGCCUUCAGAUGAGUGGACCCAAUGUGUACCCUGUUGUACAAAGUUAUUAAAGAAAACUAUACUAUA